UUUCUUGUAAGUAGUCGUAUCGCAUGCUGCGAGGAAUGCUCUUGCUACCCCUGUGACGCCCAGAUAGAACCAUGUUGGAAAUGGAGUAGAACGCCUACAGGAUGCAUCCCCCUGAUUAGAUGCAUUGUUUUGUAAUGGAUAUCCUGUCUUGCUUCUAAGAGGAAUUUCCAGGAAUGGAGGGACUCUCUGGCCCCCUGGCGUUAGAGAGGGUUGCAGAGGAGCUAAUGUGCCCAAUUUGCUUGGAGCCGGCGCAACUACCAGUCAACUUUGUAUGCUUUAGAGGGUGCGGUGGCCGCUUUUCGGCAGGCUCUACCUGCCUCCGCGCCGUGCUUUGCACCCAUUGCGCAAACGAAGCCCUGCAGCUGCACCGCCCUCCUGGCGAGCGCUUCCAGUCCACUAAUGGACUUGCGUCCUGCCUUAUAUGCCGUUCCACCCGCGUUGACGCCCGGCUGCUCAGCCCUGACAGCGCCUACCUGAGCAACCAUAAUGUCAUGGCGGUCAUGGAUGCGCUGGGUAUGGGGGGUACCUGCAGGCACUGCCCCGGCCUCUCCUUCCCCUCCCAGACCGCCCUCCUCCACCACUACCUCCGCUCCUGCCCCGCCGCGCUGGUGCCCUGCCGCUUCCGUGGCUGCGCCGCCUGGCACCCGCGCGCCACCGCAGCCGCCCACGAGGCCACAUGUCCCGUGGGUCGGUGCCCCUGCAGCCAAUGUGGCUGCUGGGUGGACCGCAGUGAGCUGCUGCGGCACCUGGUGUCCGCAUGCAGGCAGCGGGUGGUGCGGUGCGUGCUGUGCUCGCAUGCUGCGCCGCUGCCCGACAUGCUGCAACACCUGCGGCAGCACCAGCGGCAGCUGCUGCUGUCGUCGUCGCAGGGGCAGGCGGAGGCGAGGCAGGGCGAGGAGGCGGUGGCGGCUGCUGCCAGGGAGGACGGAGCAGGAGGAGGAAGAGGAGGGAGGAGGCAGGAGACCGUGGGGCCGAAGCCUCCUGAGGUCCCGGGUAUGAGCAUGGCAGCGGUGACUAUCACGUUGUCCGGACCAGCCGUGUUAGAGCAGCUUCAAGCCUCACAGCAGCAGCAGCAUCACCAAGAAGGAGCAGCGCCCCAACGGGAACUGCAGCGCCGUGCUGGGACAGCGUCACAGCAGCAGCAGCUAGCAGUGGCACCCGGACAACAGCUUUCCAUGGAUGCCCCAGAGGAGGCACAGCAGGAGCACGGCCCAAUGCGGGCCGGACAAGCACCGCAGGAGCGGCAGCAGCUACGGCAGCAGCAGCAGCAGCAUAGAGGGCAAGGUGAGGGACAGCAUCAGCAUCAACACGGAGAAGAACAAGAGCAGCAGCUGCAACUGCCGUCACAACCACAGCGGCAGCGGCAGCAUCAAUCGCAGGAUGUGCCCCUACGAGAGGCCCUACAGCAUCCUUGGCAGCUUGGGCUGCAGGCACAGCAGCCGCCCUCGCAACCACAUCAAACACAACCACCGCAUGCGCAACCAACGCUACCAACGGAGCAGCCAGGAGCUGCUGCGGUGCAGCUGCCCAGCAGGCAGCAGCAACAGCUACCUCACGAACAACGGCAUGGUGCGACGCAGCAGCAGCAGCAGUUACAACAACAGCAGCAGCCACAGCGGCAGCAGCCAGUAGAGUACGACUCCGAGCAGCUCCGGCAGGUGCGGCUGCUGUUGGAGGGGCUGCUGCGUCGAGGGCAGCAGCAGCUGCUGAGGGCUCAGGAGAGCGGGGGGAGAGCCCAGGUGCUGGGACAGGAUGCAAUCCAGCAGCCGCAGCAGCUGCCACCCCACCCCGGCGGCGGUCGAGAGGCGUUACAGGUGGUACAGCGCCAGCAGCACGACACGGCGGUAGCGUCCCCGCACCAGCAGCCUAGUCUUCAAACACGCAGCCCACAGCAGCAGCAGCAACAACAGCAAAGACCGCAGGCAGUGCAGGACCAAGUGCAAAGCCAACCUGAACCCCAACCGCACACCCAACGGCCGCCGCAGCAGCCUCAGCAGAGGCCACGCGGCGACAUCUGGAGCCUGCUGGCUGCUGCUGCAGCCGUACACCCGCGCUCCCAUGCGCUGCAGCCGCCCCUGCGCUGCUCCCCCCGCACCUCCUCCGGCAGCCUCUGCCGGGCAACAUCCGGCAGCGGCCGCCAGCAGCAGCAGCAGCAGCCCGCCGCCGCUUCCACCUCUACAGCAGGCCCCGCCGACGCCGCUGUCGGCUUGUCUGUCCCAGCCAGUACCUCCGCUUCUGGCCCUGUUACCGCCCCCGCUUCCCGCCUCGCCGCCGGCGCCACAGCAAGCAGAGCCGCCGUGGGUGAAGGAGGCGAGGUAGUAGUAUUAGGAGGAGGAGGAGGACGGCAGGGCGGAAGCGUGGUGGCGAGUUCGGGCACGGAAGCGGCUGCUGCAGGUGCCGCGGCUGCCGUGCAUGAGGGCGACAACGACUCGACGGGGACGAGCAUCAGCAGCAGCAACAACAGUCGCAGCCUCGGCGGAGAGGGAAGAAGAGGAGGGGUAAGCUCCGUUGCGGCUGCUGCUAGCAGUUCGGCUCCGCUGCCAGUUUCCGUGGCGACGGCUCCAGCAUCUGUAUUGCCGCUUGGCAGCACCAACCCGAGGGCUCCGGCGGGCUCUGUCAGCGCCGGAAUCACCGCCGCCGGCAGCGGUGGUGUCGGCAGCAGUGGCAGCGGCGGCCUCACCGGGCGCCUGUCAGCUGACGUCCCGCAUGUCGUACUGCCUCCGGAGCUGCAGUGUGCAGCUGCGUCGGCGCCGGGAGGACUGCAUGCUAGCGCCGGCGUCAGCGGAGGUGCCGGCAGCGGUGGUGUGGACGUCUUGUUGCAGCUGGCGCGCCGUCGCGGUGUGGUCUGGCCGCCAGACCUGGACGGCUCGGCGGCGGCAGCCAUUGCGGCGGCCGCCGUCCUGACUGCUAGGGAUCCGCCACUGGCGGCGGCGGCGGCGGUGUCGACAGCUGCAGCGGUUGCUACGGGGCCGGAGGCGGAGGCGGGCUCCUCUGAUGCCGGGCUGGUGCGUGCGGCCGCUGCCAUCCUGCGGGCGAGUGCGGAAGCUGCGGAGCGGCGCUGGCAGCGGCGGUUGAUGGCAACGGCAGGGACGGUAGCUUUGGGAGGACGACAAGGAGCCGCAUGUCUGCGGCAUUCACAAGACCGACCCCUGGGUCGUCCUGAACGCUCCAACAGUGCGGGCAGUGCGCUAGGCGCUGCAGCUGGCUCCGCCACAUCUGCAGCAGCCAUCACCUCAGGAACGGUGAUAAGGGCUGCUGCCCCUAGCAUGGAGGCGCCAGCAGCGACCCAUGGGUCAGGAGCGACAGCCCACAACCUCCCUUCGGAGGUACUGCCGCUGACGGCGGCUAUGGCAGCGGCAGGUAAUGCUGUGGGGGCGCCUCUCCCUCCCCCGGCGGUAUCCGCAGCCUUCUAUCGUCGGAGCUUCAGUGAUACAGAGCUGGUGUUCGACGUGGUGGAGCAGCUGAUGAGGGCCUCCGCGGCAGCCGUGGAGAGGGCGUCGGCGUCGGGGUGAGCAGCGUCACGGCACCCAGUGCAUGGUAGCGUUAACGUGGUUAAUCGGGGGCAGUGAUGGCGACUGGUGCCAGCAUUGGAUGUCCUGAUGCUUGCCGAAUUGCCGAUGCUGUGAUAAUGGAUGACAUGUAUGGGUAUUGUUGAUGUACGGGUAUGGAUGGACUGUGGUCCUGCAAGUGAACUAGGAGAUAGGAAGAUGGGGCAGUGAACGAGAGAGAGACCAUCCCGUGUGCGGUGCGCCUUAUCCGUUGCGACGCGGUACUUUGUGUGACCCGGUGCGACUGCAAAUGGGGCUGCUGUAAUGCCAGAUUGGAGAAUGGAUGAAGGGCGCCGCAUAGGGCCCUGUGCUCGCAAUUGAGGUUGUUUGCGAUACCGUUGAUUGAUGAUCCCGAUAUGUUGAUGGCAGAGUUGUACGAUAUUGACUGCAGUGCUGGACAACGGAGGACGCAGGAUGUGCACGGCGUAUGUCUCCGCAUUUGAGGAAUGGAAUGUAGUACAUACUGUAUGCGAAUUUGUUGACGGCUUUCUUGUUGACAGUCUUCCGGAGACUUCACGUGUGGUUACUGCCGCUAGUGGAUGUGCGGUUGCGGCUGGUGGUAGUGUGAUCAUGAUGCUGACUGUAUGUGGGCGGACCCAGCUGGUUGCAUUGCACGACAGUUGGUGUACGACAGCGACUUGAGGUUGGGCUACGUUGGAGGGUUGGGUGGGUGGUUGGAUGCGGCUGCUUAAUGGCCUUGUAUGUUAACUUCAUUCCCGUUCUCUUACAUGCGAUAGCCGCGUUUAUGCCUUUUGAUGGAAGCGCGUAUGCUUGUGAACAUGAGCUUUGCCAAGUACCAGGCAUGCGGGCAAUGUACAUUCCAUAAUGGCGUGCAAAGUAGCGUGCGAAGUGGCGUUCGAGGGUGGAUUUCGGUAGUGGGGCCUGUACUGCUCGAUUCAUUGAUUGCAUACACCCGAAGACCCAACGCGGUGUGCUAAGAAAACUGGCCGCAACUUGGAAUGUACUGGUGAUAACCGGAGGGUGGCGGUGUGCGUGUUAAGAACACUGGUCGCGAUGUCCAGAACCUUGGGUGCAGGAUUGGUGGUAAGGUGGGCACGCAUGAUCUCACGCUGGUGUUGUGUUACUGGGUAACUGGGUUCCGUUGAGGGUGGCAUAGGCCGAUGCAGGCGCGAUGUUGGACGGUGUUUGCCAUUCGAGACGAGGCGCACUGAACGUCAUCACCAAACACUCUCAAGCAACAAAUUCGUGUGAAGGUCUGUGUGUUCAGUAGUGUGCUGGGCACACAGUAGCUCGCGCCAAGCUUGUCGUACAUUGCAGCGCGGCAGUCUGGGCUAAGUUGCGAAACCCCACUAAAGGUUGCUCCAAACGCACGACAGUACGGCGGAACAGAGGCCACUUGUGUAUCCGACCUCAAAGAACCUGCACAGCAAGGCAAGCCAUCUGCUGUAAACUGGCCCG